CGCGGCGGCCGCCCCGCGUGCGAGCCCGGGACUCCGGUCUCGGCCGCCGCCCUCGCUGGGGACGCCUGCGUCCCCGAGUGGGGCGCCAGAAGCCUGGGGACCCCGAGAGGCCGCGAAGUUGGCCGUGGCUGGGAGAGGCGACAGGCGGCUUCGCGGGCGCACGACAGAGCCCGCUUGCGGUGGCGAGCGUCGAGGUGCUCAAGUGCCCGGUCCGCGGUGCCGAAGACGCGGCUUGCGGGCUGUCUUCUGUGGAAAGAAGCACAGGCAAAGAUCUCGCACUUCUGGUGUGACACCUUGCAAAAAUAAACCGCCGUCACUGGUCAGCGAUUCACUGAACAGACUUGGGUGCUCUACGUUGUAAGCCCUUUCUCCGGGAAUGUGCGCGGGGGGGUGGGGACGGAAGGUGAGCCCGAGAGGGCGACCGCGGUGAGCGAGCGCGCCAGGAACUGAGUGUCGGAAGGUGGCAGGUGGAGGCGGCGAAGUUGCGGAGCGCGCAGGAGGGAGGAGCCACGUCUAAGGAUCGAGGCCCGCCAGUGCCCAUUUAUUUGAGCAGGAAGGAGUCUUCAGGUUGUUGAGGGGAUGCCCUUGAAGGGAACUGUGGGACCCAUCUCUCCUCCUCACUCUUCUCCCCCUCCUGGCCAUGAGAUAAGAGGAUUGGUUCCACUAUAUGAUCCCACUAUGUGCUGCCUACUCAGAGCAGUGCACCUGGCUGACCAUGGCCUGGACCCUUAUAACUGUAAGCCAAGUAACCCUUUUCUGGUGCGUUUGUUAAAGUAAUGGAAAGCUAAUACAUAGCCUACCUAGACCUCAAUGUGAGGAUAGAUGUGAAUAAAAUUGAGAUGAUAAAGGCUAAAAUUU